AUGCGGUUCCUUGCGACGUCAUCUAUUUCAACGGCCCACCCAUGCGCUCCGCCUCCGCCUGCGAUUCGUCGAAAAUCCAUUUGGACGCCCCGACAAGCAAUUCAUUUCAUUCGACGGGUCGCAGUCGAUAUAGGAUAUGAAAUAGCCUUCGAAUGGGUUGAUUUUGUGCAAGCUCUCGCAGAAGAUCGAGAAGGAUGGGCAGAGCUAUGUCCAAAGACGGCACACCUCGGAGAAGACGCAGGCGCAAUCAGUGAGUGGUUCCGCUGUGACUGCCCAAAACCAUCGAUGUGCCAACCGAGACUUUGA